AUGGACUACGAAUCUAUUCCUAUCCCGGAAGCCUGCUACGUCGACUUUUGUCUCGUGCCAGUCGGUACAGGCAACACGUCGGUGGCCGCCGAGGUGGCAGAGGUUCAAAAGGUGUUGAAGGCCAGCGGUCUCAAGUAUACCAUGCACUCGGCCGGUACAACGGUUGAAGGCAGCUGGAGCGACGUCAUGUCCGCCAUCGGCAAGGCUCAUACCGCCGUACUGCAGAGGGGUGUCGUCCGUAUCCAGACGACCAUGAGGGCUGGCGUCAGGACGGAUAAGAAGCAGACGGCCGAGGACAAGGUGAAGAGGGUACAAGAGUUGCUCUCUUAG